CGGCACGUCAUCGUUCGCUGUCAGUCAGGUUAAGUUUUUCUUACCGACAACAACAUCGUCUCUCGUUCCUCGUUUGUGAUUUGCUUUCGGAUUCCAUCCUGAGUCAAAUUGUUUUCUCCAUUAUCACCUCGGUUGUUUGUGAUAAGAUUAAGGAUUGGUGGUGUGCAAACCCGGUACCUGAUACCUACAUUUGUGUGCAAUUUCUUAUUUGGUGCUUACAUAACUCGGGUCAUUCCCGUUCCGCUGCAAGUACAAAAGCCGGUGUUGGAAGAACUGGACGAUUCAGUUUAGUUGUGCGUGAAUAAUUGUGUGGUGUUCGAUAGCAAAGCGGAACCUAUAUAUCACUUGGGAAGAUGUCUCGCAAUCCGGCUGAGAAUCAACUGAACCUGUUCAAGGAGUCCCAGAAGGACAAAUCCGUUGCCACUACCGGCAAUGGUGCUCCAUUGGGUACUAAAACGGCCACCGCAACCGUUGGUGAGCGUGGACCAGUUGUGCUACAGGAUGUCCAUUUCCUCGAUGAGAUGUCCCACUUUGACCGGGAGCGCAUUCCGGAACGAGUUGUGCACGCCAAGGGCGCAGGUGCAUUCGGAUACUUCGAGGUAACGCACGAUAUCACCCAGUAUUGUGCGGCCAAAGUUUUCGAAAAGGUCGGCAAGAAAACCCCGCUCGCUGUUCGAUUCUCCACGGUGGGCGGUGAAAGUGGAUCAGCCGAUACCGCUCGUGAUCCACGUGGUUUCGCUGUGAAAUUCUACACCGACGACGGUGUGUGGGAUUUGGUCGGAAAUAACACUCCGAUCUUCUUCAUUCGCGAUCCCAUCCUGUUCCCAAGCUUCAUCCAUACCCAGAAGCGUAACCCAGCUACUCACCUGAAGGAUGCCGAUAUGUUCUGGGAUUUCAUCUCUCUGCGACCAGAAUCUACCCAUCAAGUGAUGUUCCUGUUCGCUGACCGUGGUAUUCCCGAUGGCUAUCGAUUCAUGAACGGCUACGGAUCACAUACGUUCAAGCUUAUCAAUGCUCAAGGAAAACCAGUGUACUGUAAGUUCCACUUCAAAUCAAACCAAGGCAUCAAAAACCUGGAGGCAAGACGAGCUGACGAACUUGCUGGAUCUGAUCCUGACUAUAGCAUUCGCGAUCUGUACAACGCCAUCGCCAAAGGAGAGUGCCCGAGCUGGAAUUUGAAGAUUCAGGUCAUGACCUUCGAACAAGCUGAACAACAUAGCUUCAAUCCAUUCGAUGUGACUAAAGUUUGGCCACAAAAUGAGUUCCCUCUGAUUCCAGUUGGCCGCAUGGUGCUGGAUCGCAAUCCAAGCAACUACUUUGCUGAGGUUGAGCAAAUCGCUUUUGCUCCUUCGCAUUUGGUUCCUGGUAUCGAGGCAUCCCCGGACAAGAUGUUGCAAGGUCGUCUCUUCUCCUACGCUGACACUCACCGUCAUCGUCUGGGAGCAAACUAUCUUCAACUGCCGGUUAACUGUCCGUAUCGCGUUUCUAUGAAAAACUACCAACGUGACGGCCCGAUGAAUGUUACCGACAAUCAAGGUGGCGCCCCGAACUACUAUCCCAAUUCCUUCGGUGGACCAGAACCAUGUGGAUUUGCGCAUAAGCUUCAAAAUUCCAAAUUCAAUGUUUCUGGAGAUGUAAACCGUUUCGAGUCCGGUGAAACCGAAGACAACUUCGCCCAACCCGGCAUUUUCUAUCGCCGUGUGUUGGAUGAAGCUGCUCGUGAGCGCAUGAUCACCAACAUGGUUAAUCACAUGUCCGCAGCUUCGCCCUUCAUUCAAGAACGUGCAGUUCAAAAUUUCUCGCAAGUUGAUGCUGACUUUGGACGCCGUUUGACCGAGGGCUUGAAACUGCGCCGCUCAGCCAAAAUGUAAAAGCACGGCGGGAUGGUAAGCGACUUGAACAUUUCUUCUGAGAUAAGAUAAUUAUACAAUCACACACAUACAAGCAUAAAAUUCUUAUUCUUUGUUUCUAUGCAAUUCUAUAAAUGUACACGAAGGAGAGUUUUUAGAUGUUUUUUGGAGGAACAAAAUGGGCUUAUGAUUAAGAUUUUACAUGUUAUCUCGAGAUAAUUUUUAUAUAUUGUAGCGUGUAGUAUGCUUUCAGAUAUUAUUCUAAUAAAGUUUAACGAUUUCCUA